AUGUUGCAAGCAUUGGUUUUGCCCAAAUUAUUCUUUCUCGCUCUUGAAACUGACUCUGAAGUUGAAAACAAAGGGAAAAUGGCUCAUUACCAUAAUGACUAUCAAAAGAAUGAUGAAGUGGAGUUUGUCCGAACUGGUUAUGGUAAGGAUAUGGUAAAAGUUCUGCAUAUUCAGCGAGAUGGAAAAUAUCACAGCAUUAAGGAAGUGGCAACUUCAGUGCAACUUACUCUGAACUCCAAAAGAGAGUAUGUGCAUGGAGACAAUUCAGACAUCAUCCCGACAGACACCAUCAAGAACACAGUUCACGUCCUGGCCAAGUUCAAAGGCAUCAAAAGCAUAGAAACUUUUGCUAUGAAUAUCUGUGAGCAUUUCCUUUCUUCUUUUAACCAUGUCAUUCGAGUUCAAGUCUACGUGGAAGAAGUCCCUUGGAAGCGUUUUGAAAAGAAUGGAGUUAAGCAUGUCCAUGCAUUUAUUCAUACUCCCACUGGAACGCACUUCUGUGAGGUUGAACAGUUGAGGAAUGGACCUCCAGUCAUUCAUUCCGGAAUCAAAGACCUCAAGGUCUUGAAAACAACGCAGUCUGGAUUUGAAGGAUUCCUCAAGGACCCGUUCACCACCCUCCCUGAGGUGAAGGACCGGUGCUUUGCCACCCAAGUGUACUGCAAGUGGCGCUACCUCCGGGGCAGAGACGUGGACUUUGAGGCCACCUGGGAGGCUGUCAGGAGCAUUGUCCUGGAGAAAUUUGCUGGACCCUCUGACAAAGGCGAGUACUCGCCCUCAGUCCAGAAGACGCUCUAUGACACCCAGGUGCUCUCCCUGAGCCAGCUUCCUCAGAUAGAAGAUAUGGAAAUCAGUCUGCCGAACAUUCACUACUUUAACAUAGACAUGUCCAAAAUGGGACUGAUCAACAAGGAAGAGGUCUUGUUACCAUUAGACAAUCCAUAUGGCAGAAUUACUGGUACAGUCAAGAGGAAGCUGACUUCAAGGCUGUGA